CUUUUUUUUGGGGGGGAAAUUUAGAAAGAAAAAAAAAACAUUUUCUUGUUGGUCAUUCUUGUCCCCCUCAACUGCAAGAAAUUUUACACAACCUUUCAAUCAGAGUUCUUGUGGAGUGUUCAAUUAUUGAAAGCUUUUGAAAAUUUCUCACACCACCCACCUCUGUUUCCCUCACCCACCUACCUUUUUUAUUUCCUAAUUAUUCCCAAUAUUUCUUAGGUUUUUUCUUUUUCUGUUCAUUCUUCUUCUUCUUCUUCUCUGUGAUGAGUUUAUUCUAGGUCUUGUUCUCUUUUUUCCUCCUUUUUUCUCUUGCUAUCUGUACUUCCAAAUCCCUUGUCCCAAACCCUUAUGUAGCUUUUUAAACUUAUUCUUCGAACUUUUUUAAUAUUGGGUUUUGUGAAGAACUUCCCCAUUUCCUUGGAUUUGAAUCUGUUUUUCCUUUUACCGGUUUUCACUUCUCUUGCUUUUACUCUUUUGACCCUCACAUUCCGUUCUAUGUUUGUUUGAAGCAUUUUCUAUUCCCCUGUUUUUGGAGAUUUUGUUUUGAUGAUUAAUGUUUGUAUUUCUAAGAAAUGAACUGUUCUCAUUGUAAUUCUUUUUGCUGUUUGAAGAACCAUUCUUGGUUUGGGUAUUUUUCUGUUGAAGAGUAAUUUCUGUUGAUUUUUUCAUUUCUCUGUUCUGUUUAGAAGGAAAGUUGGGUUGGUCUUUGUUUCUUGAAUACUGCAUUUCUCCAUAGAAGGAUCAGCUGUUUUUUUUUUUUUUUGUUUUUUCUUGUUCUUCCUGUUUUUUGCCUUCAGUAAUGUUCAUUUGUGAAGAAAAAGAACAGAUCUUAUUGUGUUCUGCUACUGUUAUGGAGUCAAUGAAAUCAUUAUCCCCUGUGGGAUCAAACUUGGAUUCCUCAAAUGCAAUACCUCUCACUUCAGUGUCGUCGGAUUCGCCGCUGCUCCCAUCUGUUUAUACAGAUGUGAAUAUUGUAUCUGAGCAUGAAAAUGCUGAGCUCCAUGAAUCAAUACUGAAUCUAGAAGGUGAAAUUGAACAAUUGAGAUUGAAGCUGAGGGCAUCCGACGAAAAGCGGAGAGAAGCAUUGAAUAAAAUUUUAGACAUUAAAGGCAGCAUUCGCGUGUUUUGUCGUGUUCGCCCGUUCCUACUGACAGAUCGGAGAAGAAUUUGUGAGCCCAUUUUGUUGGAACAAGAUAAGGUCAGGGUUCGGUCGUCAGGAACUAGAAAGGAAUUUGAAUUUGAUAAGAUUUUCUCCAAAGAAGCAUCCCAAGAGGAAAUCUAUUCUGAGGUGGAACCAAUAAUCCAAUCUGCUCUCGAUGGUCGAAACGUAUGUAUAAUAGCUUAUGGUCAAACGGGUACGGGCAAGACAUAUACCAUGGAUGGCAAAAUGGAGCAGCCAGGAAUAGUCCCCCGUGCUCUUGAGAUGCUCUUUCGUCAAACCUCUAGCGGCGCUUCAUCUACUGUGACGUUUUCCAUGAGUAUGUUGGAGGUUUACAUGGGUAGUCUCAGAGACUUGCUGGCCCCAAAAGCAGCCUCAAGAAUGUAUGAAAGAUGCAAUCUCAACAUUCAAACAGAUCAAAAGGGAUUCGUUGAGAUCGAGGGCCUAACAGAAGUCCCGAUUCCCGACUUUGAAAAAGCCAGAUGGUGGUAUAAUAAGGGAAGGCGGGUUCGAUCUACUUCGUGGACUAAUGUUAAUGAAACAUCUAGCCGAUCACACUGCUUAACAAAGGUCACCAUCUAUCGCUGCGUGGAUGCUUCAAAAGCUAAAACUGAGGUAAGCAAACUAUGGAUGGUGGAUCUUGGGGGAAGUGAGAGAUUGUUGAAAACUGGUGCGUGUGGUCUAACUCUCGACGAGGGAAGAGCGAUAAAUCUUUCUCUUUCAGCUUUAGGUGAUGUUAUUGCAGCUCUAAGGAGGAAGAGGGGCCAUGUCCCUUACAGAAACAGCAAGCUAACUCAAAUACUCAAAGAUUCCCUAGGUGACGGUUCAAAGGUGUUAAUGCUUGUGCAUUUAAGUCCAUGUGAAGAAGACGUUGCAGAGACAGUAUGCUCAUUAAGUUUUGCAAAGAGAGUACGAGCAAUUGAAACGAGUCGAGAACUACAGGAGGACUUGAAGAAGCAAAGAGAGAAAAGGAUUGCAGAGCUGGAUGAAAACAUGAAGGAAGCUCAAGGGGAAUGCCAAAAAGUCAAGAACCAAAUACAGAAAGCCGAGUUUCUACUAAGUGAAAACAAGAAACUACUUUCUACCGAUCAUCAUCCAUGUGUCGAAACUCCGAAGAUGAAGCAUAUAGCGCCCGGGGAAGAUCGGAAGGAAGUCAUUGUGACUCCAAGAAAAUCUAAAAUUCCAAGUAAAAGUAUCAUUUCCAAUUCCUUGCCUCGUUUCAUGACUUCUACAAUGGCGAGUCGCCAAAGGCAAAGUGCUGCGGAAAACAAAGUAGUGAUGGGGAGAGCGAAAAGUUUGAGAUUUGGAGCAAGAAGCUCUGUCCAAUUCUCGAGUUCCCAAUCCAUGAGUUACUCAGAUUUUCGUAUAAGAGCAAGCCUACAAUUAUCAAAUAAGAAAUCGCGGUAUGUAGAACCCGAUACUCUCUCAACCGAAACUCCUCAAGUCAAUGUCUCAGAACCGAAAAAAGAUACAUUGCCAUUACCAUUGCCACAAAGCAAAUUGGUAAUUUCAUCUGAUUCAAACUUGAGAGUUACGCUUUCUCGUCACCGUAGAAGGAUGUCUGAUCUAAUCUAACUGUCGAAGGAUGGAGCGAAACUUGUUGGUAUAUGAUUCUUAAUAACUUUUUUUUCCCCUUUUUUGUUUGUGCUGAUUGGGUGUGGUAGUUUCAUUGGCGACUUGCUGUGUGACAAUAGAGUUAGCAAAAGAAGAACAUAAAGGAAAAAGAGUUUAGGGAUGGGGUUCCUUAAUUUGACUACUUGGCUGUGUUUGGCUAUGGGGAUCUGUUGAUAUUUUUACACGAUCCUUGUGUAUCUUGCCAUUUGUCUAGGUUUUUUUAGUUUGGUUAACAUUUUGUUAACAUGAUAUUUGUAACUCCUACAAGGAUCAUAACUUUCAAAUACUUUUACUUGUAUGCUUUGUUGGUAUAAUUAGUUUGCAUCUAAUGUGUUUGGGGA